AUGGCCGGAGAGAAAGUCGUGAAGUACGAGGUUCCACGGGGGCACUACUUCGGAGGAUCGAACCACUGCCGAGCGCGCUACAUAAGCAUGGCUGCACCCCGCCGACAGGAGCGAUGGGCGCUGGUAUUGGCGUUGGGGGAGGCAGUGGUAUGUGUACGACGGAGUAAUGCCGGCUUGUUUAAUGUCAAGACUUACGUUCAGAAAUCGCGAAACUUGACGUCCGGAUCGGGAGCGCAAGGGCAUUUCACCCGAUGCGCUAAGGUGCAAACAUGCUGCCGUUUCGUAUGCGGUUGGCUAGCAUACGAUCCGUUGCGUGAUGUCACGGACGACUUUGCUCGAUCCCAAGCCUCCCACAUGCCAUACAGCGAGCGGCUGUCCUCGCUGGAUGAGGACUUUUGGCCAGACGAGUGA